GCGGGAGGAAAUCGGGGCUGGUUUGCGUGUGGGAGAGGUUAUUCGCCUCGGGGCGGGCAGCAGCUCGGCAGCACCGGCUUCCCUGAGCAGCACUCCUGUCUGCUCCCCACUGCGGCUGCCGCCGUGUCCCUCGGCUUCUCUCCGCACCUUCAUCUGCCAAAACCCCUUCGGAGAGAUAUUUUCCGGAGUCGGGACAGGCGGGUGCUCUCUCUCACUGGCAGACGGCGGCAGGCUGCUGCGGCAGCCGCAACCAGCUUGGCUCCUUCCAGAGGAAGGAAGGCAGGAGGGAGCCGGCGGGCCGGAGGAUGCUCGCCGCGGUCCCCAGCCGCAGGGAUGCGGGGUUGCUAGGAGGCAGGUGAAGGUGAAGAGAAGAGCGCUGCGGAGCACCGCAGGCCCAGAUCCGCAUGUCAGACCAGAACAGCACGGACGAUGGGGACUCAGACCCCCAGCACAGCCUGUCUAUGGUCUUCCUCCUCGUCCUCGUCUUCUUCAUCAUGGGGCUGGUGGGUUUCCUGAUCUGCCAUGUCCUGAAGAAGAAGGGUUACCGGUGCCGGACCUUCCGGGACGAGCUCGACCCAGAUAACAAAGACGUGCUGGCAGAGCUUCAGGCCAAUGAAGAGGAGGAGCUGAACGAGGACACUGUGGAGAAGAUUGUGAGAUGUAUCAUCCAAAACGAAGCAAAUGCGGAGGCCCUCAAGGAGAUGCUGGGGGACAAUGAAGGGGACAUCCCACUGCCAGUGCCCAGCCUUUGUCCCCACCGGAACAGCCAGGACGGGGGCCCACCCCAUCACCAUACGGUGCAUCUGGGCUCCACGCAGGCCCCCUGCAUCCACUGCAGCAAGAGGAAAAGGCACCCACUGCAUCGGCAAGGACGGUCCAAGGAAGGCAAAGGCAGGAUGCAUCCUGGAGAGACCACCGUCUUCUCAGUGGGCAGGUUUCGUGUCACACAUAUCGGGAAGAAACCCACUUUCCACGAGCAGCAGGAUGGUCCCCUGCCUGACGGCAGCCGGGAGCCCAGCACGGAGGAGCUGGAGCCCAGCAGUGACCGGCUCCAGCGGGAGCGGGCUCGCAACGGGACUGUCCCCAUGGGUGGCCUGCAGAACGGAGCCAUCCAGAAAGGUGCCCAGAGCAGCAAGGGUGGGGAACAGAGUCGCUCCACCACCCCGGCCCCAAACACACCAGCCAGCUCCAGCACUCGCAACAGCCAACGGGCGGGCAAGGGCUCCGGCACGGCGGGGUCGCUGCAGGAUGCUCCUGGGAGCACCAGCCGCCAGAGGAAGCUCCUGAGCCAUCGAGUGCUGGGAGGGUCGAGUCCCAGCAUCCCAGGAGAGCUGGUGCAGGGAGGAGCCAGCAUCUACCUGGAGGAGAUGGGACUGGGGUCGGCAGAUGAGGUGUCGGAUAUUCACGGGAGCCUGAGUCUGCACGAAAAGGCUGAUGAGUUGGGGAGGGAUGAUGGCAGCAGGAAACAGCCCGGAACAGAGGACAUGGGGCAGCAGGAGCCCAGCGCUGUGAUGCAGGACCGAGGAGCAACCGUGUGACCUCCUCUCCACUCCCGGCUGAAGUGUGGACAUGUGGCCCCCAGCCCCGACACCGGGCUGGGGGCUCUGCCGUGGGGGGACCACGGGGCAGCCGGCCCCGGCGGGCAGCUACGCGCUUGGCAUGGCCGGAGCGACGCGCCGACAUUAUGGACAACCGCACUCGGCGCCAGACCUCAUCCCAUUGGCAAUAGGUACCCGACUCCUACCCACCGCACCCCGGACAGCCUGCCGGGGGGACCCUUGGGCCUGGCAGGAGCAGUACACCACCCAGUCCCCGCUGCCCACCCAGUCCGUGCAGCCCCCAGCGCUGGGGGAAGGAUGCGCCAGAGAAGGUUGCAGCCAGCGGCAGUGACAAAAGCAGCGGCUCAAGACCCCCCUGGGGCAGGGGGCAGCACCCCCACAUGCACUGGCACGUUCACUGCAGAGCGCAGCCCCCCUGGGCACCCCCACCACGUAGAGCAGGCACAAAUCCUGCACCGGCACGGAACCCCACGGGUCCCUGGAGAUGCUGGCAGAAAGAGGAGCCCCCAGCCCCACCCCGGCACAGGGAGGGCCAGAGCCUGACCUGGGGGGGCAGAAUUGCACCCCGGCCCAGCCAGCUGGCAGCCCCAGGGCCCCCGGUGAGCUUUGGGGUGUAACCGCAUUGUACAUAGACCAGCUCAAACCAUUAAAGCUGCUGAACCCCUCA